AUGCAGACGCGCCGACAACAGCAGCUCGAUGAGGAGGAGAUCGCGAAGCAGCUCGAAAAGCUGACGCCCGAGGAACGCGUCGAGUUGGAGAAGGUGAAGAAUCAGUGGGAGGCCAUCCAGCGAGAGAAGAAUAAGAGCAUCCAGGAGCACCUGCGCGACUACAAAUGGAGCGAUGAGGAGAAGGAGGCCCUGCGCUACUGCGCCGUGCGGGUGGGUGCCGCCAGCGGCGUGGGCGGCGUGGCCUUCGCCGUGGUGGGCGACCUGUGGCUGCGCAAGGUGCGCGGCGUGACGCGUCCGCUGCCGCGCGCCCUCUUCUUCGUGCCCACCACCGUGGCCGGCCUGCUGACCGGGUUCGGCUUCACCUCGGGCCUGUGCAUCAACCGACUGAGCGAGCUCAACUCCCCUCUCGGAGCCUCCAUGCGCGACAUCCCUGACGUGGCCCCCAACCUCGAGAAUCUCAACAAGCCACCCGGUGCCGAGCGCUUUGGCCGGCCUGGCGGGCCAGCAGCAGCGGCACCGGAAGCUCGACCAGCCUGGCAAGACGCCAUCCUGGCGGAGAAGAAGGAGGGAGACCUGCCCGCACAGAAGAGCUAA